GCCCCGAGCGGGUCGGGGGGGAGGGAGCGAGGCUGAGCUGAUCCCACGUGUGACGAUCGCAUUCCCGGCUCAGUAAUAUUCUCUUAGCGGGGCUUCGCUUAGCUUCUGCUCUGUCUGUGUGUGUGUUUGUUAGUUACUGCCUAUAUAGUUGGGUUAGAAUAUGGAGGGAGACGGGAGCCAAGUAACCUCUGGAAGUCCAAAUGACUCGCAACACGACCCGGGUAAAAUGUUUAUCGGCGGCUUGAGCUGGCAGACUUCUCCAGAUAGCCUUAGAGACUAUUUUAACAAAUUUGGGGAAAUUAGGGAAUGCAUGGUAAUGCGAGAUCCUACAACAAAACGCUCCAGAGGUUUUGGGUUUGUCACGUUUGCCGACGCAGCCGGCGUCGAUAAAGUGUUAGCGCAGCCCCAUCACGAACUGGACUCCAAGACGAUUGACCCUAAAGUUGCCUUUCCCAGAAGAGCCCAACCCAAGAUGGUCACAAGAACAAAGAAAAUAUUUGUUGGCGGAUUAUCUGCAAACACAGUAGUGGAAGAUGUGAAGCAAUACUUCGAGCAGUUUGGGAAGGUAGAAGAUGCCAUGCUUAUGUUUGAUAAAACUACUAACAGGCACAGAGGAUUUGGAUUCGUAACUUUCGAAAUAGAAGAUGUGGUGGAAAAAGUCUGUGAAAUUCAUUUUCAUGAAAUCAAUAAUAAAAUGGUAGAAUGUAAGAAGGCCCAGCCGAAAGAAGUGAUGUUCCCCCCGGGGACGAGGGGGCGUGCUAGGGGACUCCCCUACACCAUGGAUGCCUUCAUGCUCGGAAUGGGGAUGUUGAGUUACCCAAACAUUGUUGCAACAUACGGUCGUGGAUACACUGGAUUCGCCCCAAGCUACAGUUACCAGUUCCCUGCACUAUUACCAUAUUUAAAUGCAAGCUUCCCAGCGACGGCUUACGGACCGGUGGCGGCUGCAGCGGUGGCAGCAGCACGAGGCUCAGGGUUCCCCGAUUAUGGUUUCUAUUCCUCGCCCAGCGAUCACCGGGGGGCCCCCUUCUCGUUCGCGGACUAUGCCUCCCUGGGGCCCCAGGCUGCUCAGAUGCUACAAAGUGAGCAUGCCGCUUCCGCCAGCAACUCUCCCCUCCACCACCUGCCCAGCCCGGAUCAGUUUAAGAACCAAGAAAAUAAUUUAAAAAGCGUACGGUAUAUUAAUGGGAAAUUAAAUAUCCCUUUGACAUACUUGCAAGCGCUUGGCGAUCCGCAGGGACCCGGAAUGAAUCUUCUGCCACUUGAUUGCACCAACCACGUCCGGCCAGGCGGAUUCCCCGGCGCCAACAGUCCAGGGCCUGUCGCUGACCUCUAUGGUACCGCCAGCCAGGACUCUGGUGUUGGUAACUACAUAAGUGCUGCUAGCCCCCAGCCAGGAUCCGGCUUCGGGCACAGCAUUGCAGGUCCGUUGAUUGCGACAGCUUUUACAAACGGAUACCACUGAAACCUAACAAGUGGUUGGUUGCCAUCUCACUUUGAGCAGAGUAUAUCAGGAGGCCCGGGCAAGACGGGGAGAAGUUUCUAAUUGGUUCUGCAUACAGAUGAUGUCAUCAAACUUCAAGCACUACAGCAAACCAGUGGAGACGGGGAAACUGGAGGUGGCUGGCAGCGAGAACGACGUCAAAAUCAUCUCAUCAAAUCUGCUGUAGUGUAUUAUAAAGCUGGCUUUGUAUUUCUCUUUAAUGUAGAUGAAUCAUAUUACCAUGGUUUUUCCUUGUAGUAAUUUAAGUAGUGCUAGUGACGGAAGUAGUAUCAUAGUUUUGGUUUUAAGUUUUAUUUCUAUUAUUUUUUGUAUUUAUUAUUUUUUUUUUGGUGUAUCUUACUUUAAGCUUAUAGAUGUUAGAGCUUAACGAUGUUAGCGACUUACGCUGUUUUCUUUAUAUAUUGUUUUGGGGGCUUAAUGUGUUUUGAAACGGUUACAUUUAUUAUUUGAACUUUGGUACCAAUUCUUAAACUUUCAGGUGUCGUCUUUGCACACGUAAACACACUGAUACAGACGCUGGGGGGUGGAAACAAAUAGAUUAUUAUAUUCAAGUGAAAAAAGCGAGAGGGUUGCUGACUAACACACCUACGUAGUUCUGUUUGUUUGUUUUUUUUAAAUGUGACGUCUCGUUGUUAACCAUAACGAUCUAUUUUCGGCAAUAAGGAGAGGACUACAAUAUUUUCAUGGUCCUUUUUUUUCUAUAAGUGUUGUUUUGGUUGUUUAAAAAAAAAAAAAAAAGUGAUAUUACUUUGGUAAAUUGUGAAAAAAAAAAUAUAUAUAUAUAAAUAUCUAUACUGUAAAUAUUAUUCCAGUUAACUGCAUAUAAACUAUUAAGAAAAAAAAAAAAGAGAUGCAACAUAUUUUUGCGAUGGUGUAGGUCAACGGAUGUGCUUAGAGAGUCGAGCGGGUAAGAAAACAAAAGACGUUUUUUGAACGCUCUGAACCGUUAAUAAAAUCCAUUGUUAGCACAAAGGCCUGGACUGCCGCAUAAAGAAUUAGAAAAAAAACAAAAAAAAAAAAACACUGUUAGCUUGCUUUGUAUAUACUUAAGGCCUAAUAACUGUACUAGCAUCAUACCAGCAUAUUAUCCGGUUGGAAAGCUCAGACGUGAACGGACGUGAACGGACGCGAGCGGUUACAGGUGAAGCUACACGCCAUAACUAACUCUGCUUGUUGGUGGUUUUUUUUAUUUUUUUUUAUUUAUUUUUUAUUGUUGUUAUUAUUAAACAAGUCGGUUUUUCAUUUCCCAGACUGAAAACUGCAAGAAGCUAUAACUUCUUCAAUAUAACAUUUAUUAAGCUACAUGAAUAAUAAUCCAAAGCACACUUGUUUUAUUUACUUAAAAAACAUGAAUUCAAAAAUAAACAGGUUCUUUUUUUAUGGUUGCUGUUCACACAUUUCAAGCGCUCGCUCUCUUUCUCUCGUCGUUGUGUACGUCCUCAAGCUUUUAUAUUUAAACUGUUUUUUCGCCAGUUUAUUUAAAUAAAAUAAAAAAUUGAAAGAAAACCAAUUCCUGUUUUCAGCAUAGUUAUAAAGGCAAUAUUUAAAGCUUGUUUAACUUAAUCCAUUAUGAAUCCUCUUUUGAACGAAUUAGGAACGCAAACCUUUUUAUACAAAUACCUCUGUGCUGUUAGUUUCACCAAGGAAGCUUUGUAAGAUUCAUUUAUUUUAGACAUUAAAAUAAUAAAUAAUGCAUUAGUACAUAUGAGAAACAUCAUGGCACUGUGACUGGUAGGAAGAGCUGACAGUUUCCUAUUUGCACAUGUUUAAUGUCAGCUGUUGUCUUCGCUAGAGGGUGAACUAUGAAGGAUUAUUUUUCAUUAAAUCUGUCUUAUUUUUAUUUUAUUUUUUAUUAUAAGUAAAUACACCUGCAGAAGAAUAUACAUCUCGGUAGGGGACGCUAAACGAUAUAUAUAGUGCUGACGUCCUGGUUUUUGGAUAUAAUAUGCCUAGUUUUAAUAUUUUUUUAUUUGUUUAUAAAUGUUGGUAUUUUUGGUACAGCCCAUGUAAGACACUGAAUGCGAUGUUAAUAAACAGCUGCUGAGUUUGUUUUUUUAAUGGUAGGCUAGCUUAGUUGUUGGUAGAGCAAAGGCGUCUCAAUCAAAGGGUCUUUUUUAAAGAAGAUAACUGACUGAUAGAUGGGUGCAGAUGCAGAUUUCUUUAUUUUUUUUUUCUUUUGGAACAACCAGGUUAAGCGAAAUGCUGGACGCUUUUUAAAUAAUAAAUAAACAUGGAGACGUGAUCAAGUAAUAAUAAUUAAAGUUAAAUGUUAAUGAUAUUAUUAUUAUUAUUAUUAUUAUUAUUACAAUAAUAAUAAUAAUAAUAAUAAUAAUAAUAAUAAACUGUUCAUUCUGAUUUAAAAAAAAAAAAAGAAAAAAAAUUCCCUUGAGAUUUCAAUUUCUAGAAUCUGGGGAUUUUUAUUAAUAUUUUUGUGGUGGUUGAUGAAUAAUAUUAUUAAUACUAAUAAUUAUAAUAAUGUACUGUACAUCCAUCGAUUUCGCUCUUUCCAUUCCCUGUCGCCUCAUCUAAUAAUCUUUUGUUGAUCAUCAAUGUAUUUCAAAUAGUGUGUAAAACAAAACCAAGUAAUCUUGUAAAGAGUGCUGUCUUGAUGCUUAUGUAGUGAUCGUUCCUCUCUCCCACGCUUUCUCUUCUCUGUCUCUUUAGUAAUUAGUGGUAGAUGUUACGUAAAUUAAGAUUUAAGAACUAGAUGUAGUCAUAGCAGAUUUAGGACCAGUAAGGACAGAACUUUCUCUUAUUAAUUUUAAAAGUAAAAAAAUUGCUAACAGUAAUUAUUUUAAUAGCAAUUUUCCUUUUUUAAAAUUUUUUUUGCUGAUCUCACAUGGUUUCAACUAACCAAAGCUCUGACAGAUGAAAUCUAAAAAUGCUGUAAGACUGAAGUAAAAAAAAAAAAAAAAGGCAUGAAUUGGAUCCCCUCCCUUGAAUGUUAAAAAAAAGGGGUGUGCCAUACUACCUUAAAUGCUAACGCUAGAUAUGAAACAAAACUUGUUUUAUUUUCAAUUAUUUUUUAACAGGGACACAAGCUAUAAUUAUGAAGAAAAAAAAAAAAGAUGAUUUUAUUACGUAAAAAAAAAAAAAAUCAUAUUUUUUUAGAAAGUUUAACAACGUUGAAUAAUAAUAAUUUAAAAUAAUAAUAAUUGUGUUAUAUGUUUUGAUGUUUGUACAAAAAAUAAUAAUAAUAAUAAUAAUCCCAGUGGCCCACGCCACGGCUAUUUUUGGAUACUGAAAUGUUUUGUUUACAUUAAUGAGUAAUUUAGUUCCCACUCAUCUAGAAACCUCAUUUUAAAGAUUUUGUGACUUGUUUUUGUACUCGAGAGGGUCUUCAUUUUAAAUCAAACAGGUGUCUUGAUCUUUUAGAGGUACCUGUGGUUGGAGGGCGAGGGUGGAGAGGAUGUUUUUGCAGGCACUACUUGCAUGAAUUAUUAAAAGUUCCUUCAAAACUCUGAAAGAGUUCAACCCAACAACACGCAACAGCAGGAUCUCCUACAUUAACCGCGACCACUUCCCUUACACUAAUUCGAGUAAAGUCUCUGUUUGACUUGCUUUCAGCAGUGGGCAGCACAGACUCUAAUCCCUUUUUUUAUAACCAAGCAUGCUGGGGCGUUUCAGUUUAUCAGGAUAGCACGUUUUGUGAUCACAAGUUGUUUUCAUUGUUAAAAUAUUGUAUGCUUACCUUUUCAGUGCACUAUUUGUUCAUUUCAAAUUUGAGACGGCCGAGUCGCUUCCCCGUUGUUCCUCAUGCAUUCUUCCCAGAGCGAUAUGAAGAUUCCUGUUUCCUGAACACUAUAAAACCAUGUUAAAUGUGACCAGAUUUAUAAUUUAAGAAUAAAGUGCCUUCAGACCUCUCCUCUCUCCUCUCUCGUUUGAUUUAAAAUCAAGACCAGCUUGUCUUUAAAUAGUCCAUACCAUUUAUUUAUUUAUUUUUAAUAAUAAUAAGAAUAAUUAUUAUUUUAAAUUAUUUUUUUUUUUUUAAUUUGAACCUGUAGCUUGGACUUUAAGGUAGCAUGGCUCUGUUGCUGUAAUUUUAUUUUUCAUUGUACAGCAGUUUACAGCUGAUGAAUGUUACACAUCUUGCUAGAUUAGUUAAUUCAUUGGAUAAUUGUUAGUUAAAUAACGACCUGAAAGGUGUUCCGUUGCAUUGCGGAAUGUAACUGCGGCAUCCGUUGAAACUUGAAUCUUGAGGCAAGUGCUAGGCUAUGGCCAGUCUACCACUCUGUAAAACAAUAAACAGAAGCUUGGAGACUGCCUUUAUGGGAUCUAACAUACAUACACUGCAGAUGCUAAUGACCUGUGGGCUUCUGCCAGCGAGUGGAGCUGUUUAACACAGGUCUGACACGUGCUGCACACGUUCCUGAAUUCACACCCAAGCCCAAAGUCCUUCCUCACUUGGCUUUGACAGCGUGAAGAACCGCUCUGUUUGUGCCGAUCACUGCUACAUACUGACAACGGGAAAGGCUUUAAGUAACGACUUGGUUUUUGAAAUGGUUCAAACGGUUUCUCUCGAACCUGAACACUACACGCUGUCCUGCGCAAUAUUGAUGGAAGCGCUGUAAUAGCACAGCCCAGUCCCCUAAUGGUUUAUUUCACAAGUCGUAACGAAUGACUCUGUUAGCAGAUUGCCGUUUCAGAUUACGCACAAGAUGAAUUUUUAGUGUGAAGCUGACCUCCGCUUGAGGUCAUUCCCAUUCCAGUUGCCACAUUAAGAACUUUUUUUCUGAAGAAAAAAAUGUAAUCUGACGUACUAUAGUAGCAUAAAAACAGCAUAUUCAAAAACAGGAGAGAUCGUUAUUUGCGGAGCUGCUGAUUUGAAUGUGGUUGCAGGGGGUAGCUCGAGGCGUCGUGAAUUAGUGAAACUCUUCCAGUGUAUCCGAGUUUUAUUGCUCAUUCUUAGCACUUGCCCAUUUUUUAACGUUAAAGGACUUUUUAACUGAACUGACAUCUGAAAGCAUCUUUCAGGUCUUUCGUGUACGGCUUGCUGAAGCCCUGUUGUAAAAUAAACUAUGUGGAUGGGGGUCUCUCACAUCGCAGAUGUGGAAAGUAUAAUUUUAUAUUUGUAUUUUCAAAAAAUAAUAAUAAAAAAAUAACGUUUGUGAAAGGUUUCCAUCCUCUACUGUGGUCCAGAAAUCAAUGUGUUUGUCUGGGGAAAAAAAAUUCAAUAAAAUAAACUGUUUUGAACUGUU